AUGGAUUCAAGACUGGUUCAACGAAAGUCUGCAGCUGAGAUGUCAUUGGUCGAGCUGUCUCGAACAUCGUUGAAUAUUGUGCCAUAUGUGGCCAGAUCAGUGACGCUGCAAAACCUGGUCAGACUUGGUGUCAAUCUCAGCAAGGUACAAAAAGUGGCGGGUGUGGCGGAGUAUCUGAUCAAGGCAGACUUUCAGCAGCACAUUGUGCCCCAGCUCCAGUUCCUGGCUCUUGUUGGUGUUGAAGCAAAUUUUGUUGGACACAUUUACACAGCCAACCCUUUGUUGUUUCUGGAGUCAGUGGAGGAUUUAGAGCUGCGUGUGGGUUAUCUAGUACACAAGAACUUUAGUCUGCGGGAAGUGGCCGCUCUGGUGACUAAAGAUCCUAUUGUCUUACUCAUGGACCCCGUCGUUUUGGAUGAGAAGCUGGCAUUUUUACAGAAUCUCUUCGACUUGACAGACUCGAUGUUUGUCCUUUCACAUCUUACUUUAUUUACUCUGUGGGACUGGAUGUUUGUCCUUUCACAUCUUACUUUAUUUACCCUGUGGGACUGGAUGUUUGUCCUUUCACAUCUUACUUUAUUUACUCUGUGGGACUGGAUGUUUGUCCUUUCACAUCUUACUUUAUUUACUCUGUGGGACUGGAUGUUUGUCCUUUCAAUCUUACUUUACCCUGUGAGACUCGAUGUUUGUCCUUUCACAUCUUACUUUAUUUACUCUGACAUGAAGUUUCACAUGCAUGAGUUUAUGGGAUUCUCUAACACCGAAAUCCAACAGCUGCUUCUCCUGUCUCCAAAAGUUUUCUUCGAAGGUCAGUCUCUCUCAUUGUCACCUGUAAGUAUCCUCACUGCUGUGUCCAACUCAUUGACACCUGUAAGUAUCCUCACUGUUGUGUCCAGCUCAUUGUCACCUGUAAGUAUCCUCACUGCUGUAUCCAGCUCAUUGUCACCUGUAAGUAUCCUCACUGCUGUGUUCAACUCAUUGACACCUGUAAGUAUCCUCACUGUUGUGUCCAACUCAUUGACACCUUAA